AUGGCGACAGCAGUAGAAAUGGCCAUCGAGAAGAUCGAUGAGGUUAAAUCAAGGAUUGGACGGACGUUGGGCACACCCAUGCGCCUCCGAGAUCUCAUUCGUCAGGUUCGUGCAGCGCGAACUAUGGCUGAAGAGAGAGCGGUUGUGGACAGGGAAAGUGCCAAUAUACGAGAAAAUUUUCGUGAAGAUGAUUCGCCUUGGAAGUGCCGUAAUAUAGCGAAGCUGCUCUAUAUUCAUAUGCUAGGGUAUCCCGCACACUUUGGUCAGAUGGAGUGCAUGAAACUUGUCGCCCAGCCACGUUUUACUGAUAAACGAAUAGGUUAUCUUGGAGCAAUGUUACUGCUUGAUGAACGAUCAGAAGUACAUUUGCUCGUCACCAAUUCACUUAAGAAUGAUUUGAACGCAUCCACGCAGUUCGUAACAGGGCUCGCUUUGUGUACACUUGGGUCGAUAUGCUCUUCGGAAAUGUGUCGCGAUUUAGCGAAUGAAGUAGAACGUUUGGUAAAAAGUAGCAAUACUUACAUCAAAAAGAAGGCCGCGCUUUGUGCCUUCCGAAUUGUGCGUAAGGUUCCUGAACUCAUGGAAGUUUUCAUUUCCUGUACUCGUUCACUUUUGGGGGAGAAAAACCACGGUGUUCUUAUGGGUGCAACGACACUGGUUACAGAAAUGUGUGAACGUAGUCCUGAUGUGUUGAACCAUUUCAAAAAGUUGGUGCCAAAUCUAGUUCGAAUUCUCAAAAAUCUUUUGAUGAGUGGAUAUUCGCCGGAACACGACGUCACUGGGAUCAGUGAUCCAUUUCUACAGGUAAAAAUACUUCGAUUACUGAGGGUAUUGGGAAAGGACGACUCUAGAGCCACCGAAGAAAUGAACGACAUUCUUGCUCAGGUUGCUACUAAUACUGAAACAGCAAAGAACGUUGGCAACGCAAUUCUUUACGAAACUGUUCUUACCAUUAUGGAAAUAAAGAGCGAAAGUGGACUUCGAGUACUGGCCGUCAAUAUACUGGGACGUUUUUUGCUUAAUCCGGACAAAAAUAUUCGUUAUGUUGCCUUGAAUACUUUGCUCAAAACGGUCGCCAUAGAUUACCAAGCUGUGCAGAGGCAUCGUACCACGGUCGUGGAUUGCCUCAAGGAUCCAGAUGUUUCGAUAAGAAAGCGUGCUAUGGAAUUGUGCUUCGCACUGAUGAACAAGACAAACAUCGCAAACAUGACCAAAGAAAUACUUAUAUUCCUAGAAACGGCAGAUCCUGAGUUCAAGUCUGAAUGCGCAUCAAAAAUGUACGUCGCAACGGAAAGAUUCUCACCUAACCACGAAUGGCAUCUUGACACCAUGAUCACCGUUUUACGUUUGGCUGGUAACUAUGUACCGGAUGAGGUGGUUUCAUGUAUGAUUCAACUGAUAUCGUCCCAUAGUGAACUUCAACACUAUGCUGCCAUGCAACUGUUCCGAGCUGCCCAGUUGGAUUCAACGAAUGCUCAGCCGUUACUUCAGGUGGCUUUUUGGACUAUUGGCGAGUUUGGUGACUUGCUCCUUCAGCCAGCGGACGCAGAUUCGGCAAAGGUUGAAGAAACUGACGUGAUAAAUGUGUUCGAAAACGUGCUCCCAUCAACUUUGACCUCUUUAUCUACGAAAUGCUAUGCAGUUACGGCUUUGGCAAAGUUGGCUACGAGGUUCGGUUCGACUGUGGAUCGUAUCUCUGCCCUUGUUCGUGCAAAUCAAGCUCAUCUACAUCUGGAAUUGCAACAACGAUCAGUCGAGUUUUCUCGACUUUUAGACUGCGGUGAUAUAAAGUAUGGCCUUCUUGAGCGAAUGCCAGUGAUUACACACAACUCCCUUAACGCAGCUGCAGCACCUAUUGAGGAUGGCUCAUCGUUGCUUGAGGAAGGUUCGCCAACCGCAGCUUCAGUUCCGGCAUCGAAUGUAGAUCUUCUUGAGCUUGGUUCGCUAAAUGACACGGUUUCUGUCCCGACUGUUGUCCCGGCUAAAACAAGUACCAACAACGACUUAUUUGAUCUCAUGAGUGGCUCGGCGGUACCUUCAGUGCCUGUUGUGCCUGUUACGAAUUCAGUGAUCGAUGGCGAUUUGUUAGGAGUGUCUGUGUCAAAUCCAAUUUCGACUGCGACGAACGAAACUGCUGAUCCUUUCGAUUUACUGGGCGGAUUCGGUACCACAACUACCGCAACACGUAAUUCUAUAGCUCCGGCAAAUGAGCGCGUCGUUGCGCUGAACAGCGCUGGCAUCGAGGCGCACAUCAUGGUGUUGGGUAGUGGAUGGUCCGGCAAUACGUGCCAGCUACGAGUAGAAAUAACUAAUAACACUCCCGAAGUCAUACGAGACUUUGCCUUCCAGGCCGCUGUUACCAAAUCUUUCACGAUCGAGCUUCAACCGCCAUCAUCAACAGUACUUGAACCUAUGGGUGGAUCUACAGUAGUACAGGAUAUGAAGAUUACCAGGAUAUCGUCACAAGGACCGUCUGUGAGUGGAUUUUUCUUUCAUCAGAGUUACUGGAAUGGAUUUCUUUUUGAUCCAGAUCUAAACAAUCAUUUCUUCUGGGAAGCAUAA